AUGAUGCUUAUUCAUAUUCAACUCUUAGGAACAGGAAAAAAAGUUUCAGCAGGAGCAAUAGCAGGAAGUGUUGUGGCUGGUGUAGUUGCACCAGUCUUGGGUAUCUUGUUAUUCUUGUUUUAUAGGCAAAGAAAGGCGCAACAGAAUGCACUUCUUCCAUCUUCUAAAGAAUCUACCCGGCUAGCCAGUACAAUAUUAAUGCAAAAGGUGACAGCAUCGUCAACUCAAGCUGGCAUAGCAUCAUUAGCUGCUGGUAUUACAGUUGACAAACCAGUCGAGUUCACAUACCAAGAACUUUUUAAUGCUACAGAAGGCUUCAACAUAACUCGUAAAAUUGGACAAGGUGGUUUUGGUGCUGUCUAUUAUGCUGAGCUUGUAGGCGAGAAAGCCGCCAUAAAGAAAAUGGACAUGAAGGCUACUCAAGAGUUUCUUGCAGAGUUAAAGGCUUUGACACAUGUUCACCAUCUAAAUCUGGUGCGCUUUAUUGGUUAUUGCACGGAGAGUUCUUUGUUCCUUGUUUAUGAAUUUGUCGAGAAUGGCAACUUAAGCCAACAUUUGCGUGGAACUGGUUACGAGCCUCUUUCUUGGGCUGAAAGAGUUCGGAUUGCGCUAGAUUCAGCAAGAGGUCUUGAGUACAUUCAUGAGCAUACCGUUCCAGUCUACAUACAUCGGGACAUCAAAUCCGCAAACAUCUUGAUAGACAAGAACACACGUGCAAAGGUUGCAGAUCUUGGUCUGGCAAAGCUUACAGAAGUUGGUGGUGCAUCUUUGCAAACACGUGUUGUUGGUACAUUCGGUUACAUGCCUCCAGAAUACUUUCAAUAUGGUGAAGUUUCUCGUAAGGUUGAUGUGUAUGCCUUUGGCGUUGUCUUGUACGAACUUAUCUCAGCCAAAGAUGCCAUUGUCCAAUCAACUGAUGGAUCUGCUAGUGGUUCAAAGGUGUUGGUUUAUCUGUUUGAGGAGACUCUCACUGCACCGGAUCCGGAAGAAGGUCUCAAGAAGCUCAUCGAUCCGAAGCUGGGAGAUGACUAUCCCAUCGACGCCAUUCUCAUGAUGACACAGCUGGCGAAAGUAUGCACAGAAGAGGACCCCAAGCUGAGGCCGACGAUGAGAUUGGUACAUGACCUCCUUACCCACAUGUCUCCCCUAGCAUUGUACAUCAGGGCACAUUUCCUUUCCGAGAAGAAGCAAACACGCGCCUUGCCGAGCCCUUUUUCUUCCAUUGAAAAGCUAAAGAGGAAAUUAGAUACAUGCAACACAUGUCAAAAUGUUUCUCGUUGUAAUGUGAUAAAAUAG